AUGGAGCGCCGCGCCACCGCAUCGGAGAGGAAGUGCUCGACCGGAUUGUUGUCUCUACAGCUACUCCUCGCUGCCGGCCGCGCCAGGUGUCCAGCCGCCCAGGCCGGCGGCCGCCCGCUUCCCAGGCUCCCACCCGCGGACCCGCCGCCACUCGUCGCCUCGAGCUCGAGGGCUAGGGUUAACCGCAGCCACUUGCCAGUCUUCUCUGUCGAGGAAUCACCGAAUCGAGCAAACAGAUUGCUCUGCUACUCCAUCGCUCAGGACUCGAGAGGGUCAAAGGGACUCGGCCACUCGGGAGAUGAGGGUCGUGUCCGCGGGGGCUGGCAGCUUGCGCGAGGACGUCGGCGGACCUCCGUGGCCUAUCCCUCGAGCGCGAGGACGCCGGGAGAGGAAGGGAGCGGAAGCGGAACUGCGGACCAGAGCGGCGGCGGCUGGGGUGGAUGA